CGCCAUAUCGCCACUUCGCUGCUUCAUUAUUAUCAUUUCAACUUCCUGCCCAUCUUUCAAGUCGGCUGGUGUCAUUCUGAUUGACUGGAAGAGCGAUGAAUUGAUACUUAUGACACGCCCGCUCGGUGAACGAGAUAGACGUCGGGACGAGAGUCAAAACAGCCAUAACGGUGGUCUUGGGAGCGGAGGAGGAAAUGGCAAUGGAUAACCGGGAGGAAACCCAAGCUUCGGCAAUGGCCCGAAUAUCGUCAAUGCGAAUGGUGUCUCCCAACGAUGGAGCCUCGAAGAUAUCGGACUCUUCGAACCAGAUAAUGAUAAUGACGCUGCGGACUACGAAUACCAAGGAAAAGCGACAGUCUGGAAGAACAUUUACCUCUUCGUCGACGCAUUUCGAUUCAAUUCACUCCAAGGACGUGAGAUUACCGUCCGAUCGAACCUGUAUUCCUGCUUACGGGGCAUCGCUCAACGAUGGUAUACGGAUGAACUUGAAAAUAUUACCCGACUUGCGUUCAGGUUCGCCCCAGAAGGAAUCGGAUUAUGGACAAAGCACUUGAUCGAAUGCUUCAAGAACUCGGUACCCAGCGCGCUAAAGAAACUCUGGGACGAGGUCUAUACAAAAGACGAUGCGCUGAACGGACGAGACGUCCGCGGCUAUGCAGCAAUGGUAAUGAGG